AUGCGCGUCGGGGAUCUGAAUCAUUUCCAGAUGUAUCAUGAGGGGCCUCUGCAGAUGAACAACAUAGUGAACUCAGGUUGUUUAUCUCUCACACAUUCACUAACUGAACCUAAUGUUUGGUAUAUUUCAGAUUAUGGAGCUUCGGAUGUGACAAACUUCUUCAGUUCAGCAAACUCUGCACCGAGGGCAGACAAAUGCGUGGCCAUUCUGACCCACAGGAGAAAGAGGACCAACUUCACCCAGCAGCAAAUAGAGGUGCUGGAGAAAGUUUACUCAGACACCAAAUACCCUGACAUCUACCUGCGAGAGAGACUAGAGGCUCUGACCGGGCUGCCAGAGUCCAGAAUUCAGGUGUGGUUUCAGAACAGAAGAGCCAAGUCUCGUCGCCAAGUUGGUUCAUCAGUGUCCAUGAAGGUAACCAAUCCACCAGCAGUAGCAGCAGCAGGAGCCUUCAGCCAACUCCAGAGCAGGAUGGGCUCAGACAAAGUGUACGAAAGCAGUCACACCGCAGAGCCACACAGGUUGGGUGGUUUUGGAUUAGAGGAAAAUUUCAGACCAAAUAUGCACCAAAACACAGAGGAUCACCACCACCGCACCAGUCUACCCACCAAACCCAGCAGCUUUGAACACAAUCCCGUCUCCUGCAUCUUUGAGAAAGAGGGAACCAGAAUGAAGCCUGAGCAGAUGCAGCAACACGAGCUGAGCGUUAAUGUUCCGUGCUGCAACAUCCAUCUGUAUCCCAACGAAAAGGAGCAUCAGCCAAAGAUCGAGGCCAACAUGACAGACAACCAGGGUCAACAAGUUCUGGUGGAAUAUGACAAUUUCCCACCCAACAAAACCAUUGGACCAGAGAUGAAAGUUGUGAUCCCUCCCCUUCCAUCCCAUCACAACUUCAACAGGUCAUCACCAAAGGAUAACAGAUGCCAAAUCCAGUAUCACCAAGUGAGAGCCACAGGAGACAGGUUCAGUCACUUUUCCCCGAUCCACGCUGCUGAGGCCAAGGACUUUACAGACUCUGACUCCGACUGGGAGAAUGAGGCUAUUGCUGGAUUUGGUGGCUUUAUGUGA